AUGACAAGAAACGCGUUCUUGUUAGGCUCGGACUUGAAUUUCAAGUUCUUAGCAGCCCAAGCCAAGCGAACGUUGGAUCCACAGGAAUUUAAUGUUCAGCUACUCUUUAACAGUUCACGGCUGUUCAGACGAUUUACCGAGGCAGGAUCUAGAAUAAAGUACAUGAACAAGAUGACCCCAGGUAAUCCCACUGCCAAAGAGCUUCAAUUCAAGGCCCUUGAAAAGCUUCCCGACACGCCCGGGGUGAAAAUCGACGAUUUAAUAGUAUGCAUGAGCACGCUGAAACUGGAUGAACAGAUUCUUCCAUACGCCAGCAGAAUCUCCAAGGAUACAAAUGUAUUAUUUGUGAAUCCGCCAUUGGGAGCAAUACAGGCAACUCUGGAUCAUUUGUGGCCCCGUAGCUCUGACCUAAGGCCAAACGUGUUUCAAGCUGUCACCACGCAUGUUUUGUCCGGCUCGUCAAAUUUUGGUGUGAAUCAUAUAAAAGCAGGAAAACUGCUGAUCUCCGCAUAUCCAUCCAAGCAAAGCUUUGAAAGUUUUGUCAGCGCGCAGUCCACCUUCUUUCCUGCGGACACAGUUGUUCCUUCUAUCGUGAAAGGUUUACUGAACAAUCGCAUACUUCAAGCAACGUAUUGUCCUUUGAAGGACGUUUACCAAGUACAAAUUGAAGCAAUGGUGGCAGAUUGUUGUCUAAAUGCUUUAGGCCAGCUCCUGAAUUUUGACCUAGGGUUGCUGGGCUUCACAGAGUCGGUUGAGCGCAUCGUUUCCGACAUUGUUGAUGAGUGCAUACAGGUUUUACAGUCCACGAGCCAAUAUCAUUUGUUGCAUGGAUACGACCCGUCAAUGACGCGGUUGCUCAAGAAAGAGCGCCUGAUGGUGCUUGUUAAGGAGCUAGCCGAACAACAUGGCUUCAAUCAUCAACAAUCAAUUCCUGGCUACGCAACCAGCUAUAUUGUUAACUCAGCCAAGCAACAGCGCCAAGCAACUCCUAUCAAUAGCUUGUUAAACAAUCUGCUCAUAUCUAAGCGUCAACUAGAGCAUAGACAAACCGAGCUGCCAUUUGUCAAAUAA